AUGUGGCCUGGUCUCGUUGGAGCUGGUCAGACGGCAAAGGAGACGCUAAAGGGUGGGCAGGCAGCCAAAGACGGGAAAGGCUUCUUUGGAAAGCAGGAUGCUGCCAAGCGCACGAAGCAGAAGAAGUUGGAGGAGUACUUCGUUCAGCCGAGGUUCGCAGCUGGGCGCCUCUUUGCCGGAGGGACGACCUUCACCUCUUUGGCAGCGAACACCUUCUACAACCCCACCCUCAUCGACCUGGUGAGCACCAUGGUCACGACUCAGAUCAGGAUGGUGAAGCUUCCACACUCCUGGGAAGGCAAAUCCUAUUUCGAGCUCUUCGACUUCCUGCUCUGGAAGGAGAAGCUCCUGGCUGUGGGCAUCUACAGGACUGCGGAAGUGCAUCCUGGGGGCGACGAUGAGGAAGCGGAGACCGAUGAUCAUCGCACGAAGCGGAGAGGAAGCAUCGGUGGCAUGGUUAGUCCUGGAAACCGGAAGAGCGGGCACGGCAGCGAUUCCGUGCGUGCAUCGCGUCUCACGGACUCCAAAGGCGGUUCCAGAAAGACGGUUAG